AUGGCUUCAUUAAGGAUAAAGUCCAUUUUCUUGACUUUGGCUUUAAUCCUAACAGUUCAACGACCUCUCUCUACUGAAGGCAUUGGUGUCAACUUUGGGAGGAAUGGUGACAAUCUUCCAUCCCCUCAAAAUGUUGUAGGCCUUUACAACAAAUGUGGCAUUAAGCUUCUAAAACUUUUUGAGCCAAGUCCUGAUAUAUUAGAAGCAUUAAAAGGUUCUAACAUACAAGUGAGUCUUGGAGUAAGAAAUCAAGAUUUGCAAAGCUUAGCAUCAACCAAAGAGGCUGCUAACCAAUGGGUCAAUACUAAUGUUGCACCUUACAAAGGUGGUGUAAAUUUCCAAUGGAUUGUAUUGGGAAAUGAGAUUAUUCCAGGUGCUCAAGCAAGUUUUGUUACUCAAGCCAUGCAAAAUAUUAAAGAUGCAUUAACUUCCAUUGGCUUAACUGAUAUUAAAGUGACCACAUCAUUUUAUAUGCAAGGACUUGCAUCGUCUUACCCUCCAUCUGCAGGUGCAUUUACUAAUGAUGUGGUGAAUGUUAUGAAAGAUGUUACUGCUUAUCUACAUCAAACUGGAGCACCCCUUAUGGUUAAUGUGUACCCUUACUUUGCUUAUGCAUCAAAUCCAAAAGAUAUUAAGUUAGAAUAUGCCACAUUUCAAGCAGUAGCUCCUGUAGUGGACGGUGAAUUGAGUUAUACUAAACUUUUCGAUGCAAUGGUUGAUUCAAUUUACGCAGCAUUGGAAAAAAUAGAUGCAAAAGAUGUUUCUCUAAUCAUUGGAGAAACUGGUUGGCCUGCUGCAGGGAAUGACCCUUACACAAGUAAGGAAAAUGCCAAGACAUAUAACACAAACUUGAUUCAAACAUUUGCAGAGUGGUAA